CUCUCUCUCUCUCUCUCUCUCGCGUGUAUAUGCAUGGGCAGAUGAGAUUCAGUGGCUAACGAGGAGGAGAGGGAGGAGGAGAUAUGGGGAAGUGGUCGCCGUGGCAGCCCGAGGGAACCAGGAAGCUCCGCGUCAAGUUCCGCCGCCUGAGGCUGGAGGGCCUCGGCGCGUUCGCGGGGAGAGCGGAGGUCGAUGGCCACGGUGCGGAGCAGCGGAAGGAGGAGGAGGAGGAGGAGGCGAAGGCGAUCUUCCUCGAGGUGAAGUGGCGAGGACCCAAGCAAGGUCUCGUCCAGUUCCCGCGGACGGCGACGCGCCGGACGCAGGUCACGGCGCGGAGGCUCCUGACCGGAGCCGCGGCCUUGGAAUGGGACGAGGGGGAGCUGAUCGAGUGCGCGUGCGGCUUCGGCAGCUCCUUCGCCUCGUGGGAAGUUUCCUUCAAAGUGCUACGCGGGGAUUGCGCAGGACCGAAGCCCAGGUUGGCGGUUAUCGGGAAGGUGUCGUUGAAUUUGGCGGAAAUGGCCUCGAAGAUGGAGUCCGCAGUCGUGAAGAAGCUUCCCAUCUCUUUACAGGUAGCUGGCGAUACCUGCGAAGCCACUCUCAUGGUGAGCGUCACCUUCUCGGAAGUCAGAAGUUCUACUAGCGACUCGGCAUUGGAACAAGUCGUGCAACGCCAGAGCUCGACGGCCAGGUCAGACAGGGAAGAUGGGUUCCUUAAAAUAGUGAACGCCGUGAUGAAGAAGCAGAAGAAAAGUCAAGAAGCCCGGGCCAGCCCCUCCGACUCGGACGGGUCGCCCCCCCGGCCCGACUCGGCGGGCCCCGCCGCCGCCGAGAGCGGCGGCCGCGAGCCGAGCCCCGGGGCCGAGGCGGGGUCGUCGGCCUCGAGCCCGGAGCCGGUCAAGCAGAGCGGGCUCCUGUCGUGGAAGCGACGGCGACUGAGCUUCAAACCGGCGACGAGGAGUAAAGGCGAGCCUUUGCCUUUGCCUUUGGCUGAGGGGCCCGAUGGGCGUGACGUGGAUCCGGAGGCCGACGUUGACCUCCGCGUCAGCGACGUCCCCGCCGUUGACUCGCCUCCCUCCGGUUCUGAAACGAAAAUUGCUGCAGAGCAGACUCCUCCGGAAAUGGACUGUCAAGAAGAUGACUGCUUUUGGGAGGAGAAAGAACUAGUCAGCAGAGAUGGGCAAACAAAACUAAGAACAAAUGUCUUCUUUGCUUCCUUUGAUCAGAGAAGUGAAAAGGCAUGUGGAGAAAGCGCUUGUUCUGCAGUAGCUGCCGUGAUUGUUAAUUUUCUUCACUCAAACCAAUAUAAUCUCCCGACGAGAGCUCAAUUCAAUUCCCUCAUCAAAGACGGUUCUCUAGAAUGGCAGAGGCUUUGCACCGAUGAGACCUACCUCAUGAGGUUUCCCAAUAAACACUUUGAUCUCGAGACCGUUUUGGAAGCCGGAAUGAGGCCUUUCACAAUCAGUUCUGAUAAGUCAUUCAUCGGGUUUUUCAGCCCGGAGAAAUUCGAGGCUCUGAAGGAAGCUAUGUCAUUUGAUGACAUGUGGGCGAAAAUUAUGAUGCUUGAAGCUGAAGAGAGCAGGCGGGGAAUAUACAUAGUGAGCUGGAAUGAUCAUUUCUUUGUUUUGAUGGUGGAAGAUCAUGCCUAUUACGUCAUCGACUCAUUGGGGGAACGGCUUUUUGAAGGUUGUGACCGUGCAUAUAUUUUGAAAUUCGAUGAGGCCGCUGCGCUGUACAGAAAGGCCGAGAACGGCGCGAGUCGGGGCUCGGGGACGGAGGAGGGCGAGGACGAGAGCGAGAAGAAAGAAGAUGGGUGGGAGGAGGUCAUAUGUGCAGGAAGGGAGUGUUGUGGGGAGUACAUUAAGAGGUUUCUUUCUGCUAUACCGGUCCAAGAACUCGAGGAAGACGAGAAAAAGGGGUCCGCCUCUAUUUUGUCUCUCCAUCAAAGACUGCAAGUAGAGUUCCACUAUUGCUGUCCCAAUUCGUCCGAGUCGCCGACGGCGGAGGCCACAUCUGCAUUGCCUUCGGCCGAUGCAAUCUAGAUCCGCCGCUUUUGUCAGGGGCGAAGGAUCUGUUUCUUCAAGUGGCUAGCAAGUUGUAUUUUUUGAGGGGGUGUGACUUUUUGUAUUCUUCUCCUUGAGAUGUGUAAUUAUGUAGUUCAGUGAGAAGUGGGAAAAGAAGAGCACGUAG